AUGGAGAUUGGAGAGGCUACGCAAUGCACGCAAAAUACUCAGGGCGCAGUAGAUCCUAGACGCAUGGGCAGAAACAACUCAGGUCUCAGCGAGUCUGACAUCUCCGACGUCGUGUGCAUCCUGCAUCCAUGCUCCCCGGCGGCAUUCAAAAUCGUUGCAUCUACAGCUGAAAGAACACCCUUCAAUGUGCUGCAAAACGAUGGCUUCCAGAAUUACGAGGAUCCCCUGUCUCCCCAGGCCCUCGAAGAGCAGGAAACGUUCAUUCUCGACAAGAACGCCCCAUAUCAAGCAAUGGACCUGGCACUGCGCUUCUCAACCCCAUUGAAGAAUGCCAAGCUUGGCUUCGUGUUUGGUCGAAAUGACAACGUAUGCGAUAUCGUCCUCGCCGCAGACACGUUCAAGCGAGUCAGCAACAUGCAUUUCAGCAUCUUCAUCAACAAUUCUGGCGUGCUGAUGUUGCAAGACAUGUCCACCAACGGCACCAUCGUCGACGAUGUCUUACUCAAAGGCAAAAUCUCAUGGCAAACGCGCAUGCUGAAUCCCGGCUCCAUGAUCCAAAUUCUGUCCCCCAAAUCUGACGAGAUUGUCAAGUUCAUUGUACGCAUUCCCUUCCGCGAUGGACACUUUGAAGCGUACGAGAGGAAGUUCCAGCUGCACAUGCACACUGUGGCGACUGCAGAGGCCAAGGCGAGGCAGGACAACAUACAGUACCAGCGUCCUGUGGGUGCGAACGGGAAAACUCAGAAUGGCGGCUCCGUCAAAGCGCCUCUUGUCCAAAAUCAAUUCGGUAUGCAUUGGAGUGGUGGCGACAAGUACAACGUGGUGGGGUCGAUCGGCAAGGGGGCUUUUGCAACAGUCUAUCAGCUGGCGACGAAAAAUGAGGGCCAACUAUACGCCGCAAAGGAGCUGGAGAAGCGAAAGUUUAUGAAGAAUGGCAUCCUCGAUCGAAAGCUGGACAACGAAAUGCAAAUCAUGAAGGCUGUCAGCCACCCCAACAUCGUUCAGUACAUCGACUAUCAUGAUCACAUCAACCACAUGUACAUCAUCAUGGAGUUUGUCCCUUGUGGAGAUCUGCAAAAGUACCUUGGCCACCGCGGGAAAUUGUCCGAGGGACUGGGAAUGACCAUGGCUCAGCAGGUGCUGGACGCUCUCGCCUAUCUCCACAAGAACAAGAUCACCCAUCGAGAUCUGAAGCCCGACAAUAUCCUCAUCGCUAACAUGGACGAGGCUUUCUUCUCCAUCAAGCUUUCCGACUUUGGACUCUCCAAGGUGGUCAAGGACAACGAGACUUUUCUCAAAACGUUUUGCGGAACGCUGCUGUAUUGCGCUCCGGAAGUGUUUCCGCAUUUCGAUUCGCAUGUCACCGGAAAGGGCACGAAGCGGACUCGAAGGGGCCUGGGACAAGCAAGCACCAAAUUCCAUGGCUACAGUCAGUCAGUGGAUAUCUGGUCAUUUGGCGCGGUGUUGUGGUUCUCGUUAUGUCUCAAACCUCCGUUCGAAGGCGUGGCUGAUAACACCGGCCGCGGCAUGUUCGAUAAGAUCAUGAUGACACCAUUGGAUCUGGAAGACCUGCGAUCUCAAGGUGUUUCCGAGACCGCCAUGGGGCUGCUCAUCGCAAUGCUGAAUACUGAUCCGGCGGCAAGACCGUCUGCCGUUCAGUGUCUUCAGCAUGAAUGGUUUGACAGCAUUACCCAGGGUCAAUCUCAGCUUCAUGCCUCGCAACUUGGAGGUCUUGGCCCAAUCCAAGAAGAAGACGUCACCGCGGCUGCUGAAACGCCUGACGUGGCGAGACUAAGCCUCGGCGAGCUGAUCAACGCACAAGCAAGGCAUCUGAACCAUGCCAGCUCCGGCAGUCAGGACUUCCUCGAUCCAAGGGAGUCCAAGCGCUUCAAAACCAGUGACGCUCCGUACCGCGAACAUGAUGAGAUGGAAGACUCCAGCCCCGACAUCUUCCGCUUCAGCGGCUCCAUCCCUAUCAUGCACCAGUCGGCUGGUGGUCAGCGACUACCAGGUGUGCAAACCCAGCCGGCGCCGCAGAAGCUUUUCGGGGAAAUCAGCCAGGCGGCAUUGCGUAGCUCUGGGUUGCUCGGGAAAGAUGGUUACGAAAGCCCAGAUGUCGCCGGGCACGAGGAUUCUGACGGAGCUUUGGCGUCUCCUAGUCUCCUCGGAGCCGAAUCCUUGGUCCGAGAGCUCAAUAUGGAUUCUCCGCGGUCGGUUGAUUCCCAGGAUGCGGACGCAGAAGCGGUCGAGCCAGUCACACCACAAACGCCCGGAGCAUUCAAACUCAGUCGAAGCCAUGGCAACGGUUCGCAUGCCAUAUCUGGUGCCGAAGAAGUCACCCCGAAGCAGCCUCAGAAGUCUACAUUCAACCGACAGAUCCAAAUUCCGAUUCCCGCGUCCUUCUAUUACGACCCUCUAGACCCGGCGACGCACAAUCCAGAGUAUGCAUCCAAAGUCAGCGGCAGAGACUACGUGGGCGACGUCAGCCGCGGAGAAGAAGACAUCUCACUUCCAGCAACAAGCAACGGCUCCAUCACUCAGAACGACGAUGACGCACCCACGCAAAAUCCAGCAGUCGUCGCCGCUUUCGAAGCAGAACCACCAGCGCCCCAGCAAUCCUCCCAAUUCGUCAAGCCUCCCCCUCGUCUCGGCAGACUGAUCUCCACCCCCGACUCCUACGCCCCAAUCAACCUCACCCUGAGCACCCGCGUCUCCACCUGGGGCCGCGCGCCCUCCAACACCCACCCCCACCCCGACAAAGCCGACACGCGCAUUCCCAAGCGCGGCGUCAUCAUCUGGCACCACGCUAAAGACAUCGACGCCGCUACCACCGCCACACUACCCGAAGAAGGCGGCGAAGACGCCCAAGCAUGGCUGAAACUCCCCGAUUUGCACUGCGUCAUCUCGACAGAAAGUAGUCUGGGCAUUCACGUCAACGGCGUGUUGUUGAAGAAGGGUGAUGCGGGGCAUAUGUGUUUUGGUAGGGUGUAUAGUGGGGAUCGCAUUACUGUUUUCCACGACACGAGGGACGGCAAGCCUGGAUUGACGUUUGUUUGCGAGUUUUAUCAUGGUGAAGCGAAGGCGGUGCGGCCGGUCGGUUCGGCGCCGUUUUUGGUGGAGACGGCGAAAGUGACGGCGCCGGUGAGGCAAUCGAUGGAGAAGAAGCAGGGUGAGGAGAAGGAGAAUUCGGAAGAGGCUUUGGUGACGACGAAGGUGUGAGCUGGUCAUUGGGAGCUGGUACUACACGAAGCUCUGCAUUUGAUUUUGAUUGAGCGAGGUGGCAUAUCUGAGCGGUUUAUGAUGAAAUAGAUUGAGACGAGGAUAACGACAUGGCAUUGCGGUGUGGGUGCGUGGAAUCAUACUUCAAGAUGAGAUGGGUAUGUAGGUAUGUAUCUACGCUCAAUCGAACGUUCGAUAAUCAUGAGGCGAUUCCGGAUACAUCGCGAGGCA